GAACAUGCCUGUGUCCCUGCUGUGGGCAGUGGAUGUGUAUGGGCGUGUGUACAGCUUGUCCACCAGAGGGCAGCAGUGGGAGCAGUGUCAUGAUGCUGUGUUAGAGUUUAAGAGGGUGACGGCCGUGCAGCAGUGUUGCUGGGGUAUCGCCUGUGACCAUCACAUCUACCUGAAUGUCCACUCGAGUGAUGUUCCCAUACGCUACCAGGAGGAGACAUUCGAGAACCAGCGAUGGAAUCCCAUGGAUAACUUCUCAGAUCGCUUGUUGCCGAGCGACCGCUGGCAGUGGAGUAACAUCACAGGACUGGAACACCAACCCCUUGACAGCUUCUUUCUUCCCUCGACCAACUGGGAGUGGGAGGGGGACUGGUACAUUGACGGGAACUUUGGAGGAGAGCCCACAGAGAAAGAAGGUUGGACCUAUGCCAUGGACUUCCCUGCCACCUACACCAAAGAUAAGAAGUGGAACUCAUGUGUCCGUCGCAGGCGAUGGAUCCGCUACAGGAGGUACAAGGCCACAGACACCUGGGCCAAGAUCCCGUCAGAAGGUCACAGUGGUCCCCUUCCAGACCCCUUUAAUGACAUCAGCUGUGGAGGCUGGGAGAUCAGUGAGGAGCCCAGGGGGAGGUUGUCUCUGUGGGCUGUCUCUCUACAGGGCAAGGUGUGGUUUCGUGAGGGUAUCCACCACCACAGCCCAGAGGGGGAUGGCUGGGAGGAGGUGUCUCUGCCUGGGGAGGUGGUGCAGAUCAGCUGUGGUCCAGGGGACCUUGUCUGGGCCGUGCUCUGGGAGGGACAACUCAUCGUCAGGGAGGGCAUCACCAGAGACUGCCCACGAGGCUCCUCCUGGGUAGUGGUGGACUCUCCCAACCCAGAGGCCGGGGCCAUCCACGUAGCUGUGGGGGACAACGUAGUCUGGGCUGUCACCAAGGACAACAAGGUAUGGUACAGACGUGGCAUCAACUGCUAUAACCCCCGUGGUUCAGGCUGGAUCGGGAUGAUCGGGGAGAUGGUCAUGAUCAACGUGGGUCUCAACGAUCAGGUGUGGGGUAUCAGCUGUGAGGACCGAGCAGUGUAUUUCCGUCAGGGUGUGACCUCCAGUGAGUUGAGUGGUAAAGCCUGGAAGGCUGUCAACGUGCCCCGAGACGGAGACAUCAGGUCCCACUCCUCCGCCAGCAUUAGCAGUCUGCACAGUGCUGGUUGUUUCUUCAGUGGAGAGGUGCGAGCACAGUCUGUGAUGAGUGAAGACUCAGACACAAAGAACGGUCCACAAAGGGCAGUCCUAGAAGUAGGGGCCUGUCCCUCCUCCCCUCCCCCCGAUCCCCCUACCGUUGACCCCAACGUCCCCAAACCACGCAUCCCCAAGGUCACCAGCGACAGCUUCAUCUCCGAGAUGCUCUCUGACCGCAAGGUCAAACGGGAGGGGGCCCACACUGCCAUCACCGCCGGUCCCUCUAUCCCAGAAGAGGAGGCCUCUCUUCGGGAAGCAGAUGCCAAGUCUCCCCCUCUGGCCCUGGUUCUGUCCCCCAGCCUGUCUGGAGGGCCUGGGGACCCCCAAUGGAGUAACGUGGACCUAGAAGAGACCCAGACUCACCUGGCUGUGGGGCCUGCUGGGGUGAGAGGGGACGCGGCUGACACCUGUAGCCUGUCCUCUGUGGCCACCUACACCCUGUGUCAGGAGGAGCCUUAUGGGGUGGAUGAACAUCCACUCUGGGCAUGGGUCAGUGGAGGAGGCUGUGGUGUGGACUGUCACUCCCAGCUCAACUGGUUCAACUCUGCCACAGCCCUGUCAUCAUCAGUCCAGUCCAUGAGUCUGUCCAUCAGUCCAGCCCAGACAGCUGCCUGGCGGAAACAGAUCUUUGAGCAGCUCAGCGAACGCUCCAAGAGAGAGAUGGACAACUUUAAACACUACGAACAGGCCAUAGAACAGUCCCAGUCUGUGUGGGUGAAGAAAGGGACCAUGCAGUGGUGGAGGGACUGGAAGCCCCAUAAGUGGGUGGACGUGAGGUUUGCCCUGGAGCAGUUCUCAGGACCAGAGGGAAACCAGGAUGGCAUUCUCUUCCUCUACUACAACUUCAACGAGGAGAAGAAGUACCUGCAUGUGUUCAUCAACGAGGUGACUAUCUUGGUGCCAGUGCUGAAUGACUCCAAACACACGUUUGCCGUCUACACAGCAGAGAGGACCAAACAGAGGUGGCCUAUCAGACUGGCUGCUGCCACCGAGCUGGAGAUGCACGACUGGCUGGCCCUGCUGAGUGUGUCGUGCUGUGACUCCCGGGGGAUCCAGGGUCCCCCCUCUAAACAGGCCCUCUGGUCAGUCACCUGUAAAGGAGACAUCUUCGUCUGUGAGCCUUCGCCAAGCCUGGAAGCAUGUCCCUACCCCACACCCUGCGACCAGAUGUUCUGGCAUCAGGUGGGGGGCCACCUGCGUCUGGUGGAGUGUAACAGUCUGGGGGUGGUGUGGGGGGUUGGCUACGACCACACUGUCUGGGUCUACACUGGCGGCUAUGGAGGGGGAUUCAUGCAGGGUCUGGCCAGCAGCACCGAUAACAUCUACACCCAGACAGAUGUGAAGUGUGUCUACAUUUAUGAGAACCAGAGGUGGAACCCAGUCACAGGAUAUACCAACAGAGGCCUCCCAACAGACCGUUACAUGUGGAGUGAUGCAACAGGACUGCAGGAGUGUACCAAGGCCAACACCAAGCCUCCAUCCCCUCAUUGGACAUGGGUGGCAGACUGGGCCAUUGACUAUGGUAUCUCUGGAGGGACAGACAGAGAGGGUUGGCAAUAUGCAGCUGAUUUCCCAACGUCGUAUCAUGGCCACAAGACCUUGAAGGACUUUGUCCGUCGUAGGCGAUGGGCCAGGAAGUGUAAACUGACUACCACAGGGCCAUGGCAGGAAGUCCCACCCAUCCCGUUGAGUGACGUGACCAUCAUCCCGUGUGGAGCUCAGAGCAUUGUUGAGCCGAUCCCUCUGUGGGCCAUCAGUAACAAGGGAGACGUGCUCUGUAGACUGGGAGUCACACUACUGACGCCUGCUGGGACGUCAUGGCUCCAUGUGGGCACAGACCAGCCCUUUAAGUCUAUCUCCAUUGGUGGGGCCAACCAGGUGUGGGCCAUUGCCAGGGAUGGCUCUGCCUUCUACAGGGGCUCCGUGACCGCACAGAGCCCUUCAGGAGACUGCUGGUACCACAUCCCCUCUCCAGUCAGGCAGAAGCUCCAACAGGUGUCUGUAGGGAGGACGUCAGUCUACACAGUGGAUCAACAUGGUAACCUGUGGUUCAGACAGGGCCUGACUCCUAGCUGCCCCCAGGGAUCGUCAUGGGAACACAUCUCCAACAAUGUACGCAAGGUCUCCGUAGGACCUCUGGACCAGGUGUGGAUCAUAGCUGACAAGGUGCAAGGCAGCCACAGUCUGAGCUGUGGGACAGUCUGUCACCGUCUGGGGGUUCAGCCCAUGGAGCCAAAGGGACAGUCGUGGGACUAUGGCAUCGGGGGUGGCUGGGACCACAUCACUGUGAGAGGGAACUCCUUCGAGGCUCCCCGUGUCCGUAUGCCCUCCCUGACACCCUCCCUUACCGCCUCCCUGACGGACCCCCUCUGCACCCAUCCACCCCGCAGACCGCUCUCCUUCAGGAACACAGAGGAGAAUGGGAACGCUGUCAGGUGUUAAACACACACACACAUAGAGUAUUUGCCAGUGGACACUGUAUCUCUGUUCUGUCUUCAGCCCAACUCUCGCUACAAAACAAAAGCCCCAAUGCAACUACUCUACCAUCCACACUGUACUGUAGCUCCCAGCUCCAGCCUCACCCUCUAAGUGUCUGAAGUCAAACUCUUCUUCUGACCAAUCACCUGGUUGUGUUCAAUUACCUUUGAACCCUAGCUCUGUGCCCUCAGCUUGACUCAGCCAAUCACCUUCUCUCUUCACAGCUAGCAGGUCAUGUUCAACAUUUCCCACAUAGAGCACUAGUCAUUUUUAAACUGUGUGACUCAGUCUUCGAACAUUGCAUCAUCGUUAUUUAAAUCUGUGGUCUUAAGAUAACUUUUUGUUUUAUUUAUUGUUAUUGUUUGGUUGAAUGUUUUUUUUCUGUGUGUAGGUGUAUACAGUGCUGUAUGUGAAUGUUUUGUUUAUGUUAUAUUGGUGAUAGGUUUAACUUUUUAAAAUAUAAUGUAAGAAGUGUUUUCUGGGGUAUUCAAUGUUAUUGGGCCGAUGUAUGAUUCUGUGAAGGUGGGCGAUCAGUAGUUUUGACUGAUUCUGUUCCAAUAAGUUACUAUACUUCCUACUUUGUACCUGCUGGUAACGUAGAGAUUCUACUGGAGUCACAACAAAAACAUUAAGGGUUUAUUCACGGAGAAUAAUUUAGGUUAUGAGUCCUUAGAUAGCACAUGGCUCUUUUACAGUUAUAUGCCUUUCCCCUGAAUGGUUUGUAUCUGUGAUGGCCACAGUGAAGAGUUUGUAUGUCCAUGUUCCAAGGGGGACAGUUUUUUCUAUAGCAUUUUUGUGUUACUCUUGAAAAGAAAGUACAUAUUCUUAUUUUUCUUAUUUUCAUUAAAAAAAAUGUGAAUUGCUUGAAAAAUGAUGUCUUUGAAAGGCUUAAAAGUUCAUUUGUUUGUUUCUCAUGAAAAUAAGAGUUUUAACACUAUUAUCUGCAUAUUUUUCACCUCCUAUGAUUUUAUCAGUAUUGACUGGCAGCCAACACACAUGACUGGCAGCCAACACACUUGAAGGGGUUGGUGGAAAGAACAUAUAUAUAUAUAUUUUUUAUAAAUCUGAAUAUGAGUAUAGUAUAAAUGUUUUCAUUGUGAUAUUUCAAGGUUGGGUUAUUGUACAUUGAUAUAUAAAAAUCUUAAAAUAUCAGUCAUAUAAAGUCAUAUUAACUAUUAUCUUUAAACCACAAAGGCUGAAACUAUCACGUUUGGGCAUUCAUUCAUCUUAGUGCUGAAACUAUCACGUUUGGGCAUUCAUUCAUCUUAGUGCUGAAACUAUCACGUUUGGGCAUUCAUUCAUCUUAGUGCUGAAACUAUCACGUUUGGGCAUUCAUUCAUCUUAGUGCUGAAACUAUCACGUUUGGGCAUUCAUUCAUCUUAGUGCUGAAACUAUCACGUUUGGGCAUUCAUUCAUCUUAGUGCUGAAACUAUCACGUUUGGGCAUUCAUUCAUCUUAGUGCUGAAACUAUCACGUUUGGGCAUUCAUUCAUCUUAGUGCUGAAACUAUCACGUUUGGGCAUUCAUUCAUCUUAGUGCUGAAACUAUCACGUUUGGGCAUUCAUUCAUCUUAGUGCUGAAACUGAAAGAUGAAGAUCCAAUAGUGACUGAUAUACUGCAACUACAAAUCAUUAAUUGUCCAGAAAACUGUAUAUCUGUGAAUACUGUCACUUUAUCUUCCUAUGGCAGUUCAUAAUACAACGAGUGCAUUGUUUGAUAAUGACACUGAGUACAUACUGCUGUUACUACAGUACAGGACGUAUCCUAAAGGAGGGACACAUUACACAUAUAGGUUGGGAUGUGACGGGGGUACACCAUAGCAUGAAAAUCAUAAGUCUAUCGGACUCUUCACUUGGCGAUUCCAUUGCUUUUGUUGAUUAUGGUGUAAAAUAGAAUACUAUAAGCCGGUACUGUUCCAACUCCAACAAGGGUGUUAUUGAGCUAUAUAUUUCUUCCUUCUAAUAGUGUGCAUGGUCAAUGUCCUCUCAAUAAAUGUGAUUAUUGAUAA